AUGGCAUUCUCGCAAACACCCUCACCCUCGACCCGCCUUCCCGCACCUCGAAUCGUAAUCACAAACCUCAUCAACUCCCUCGCAUCAGCCUCGCUCCUACCACCGUCAUCAUCCACAGUCCCGGCAGGCGGCGGAGGCGACACACAAAACCCGCUCAAAUCCCUCCCGCAAUCCCACCGUCCGCUCCUCGUCACCCUCCACGUCCUCUUCCCGUCCCUAGUCCUCCCGGCGCUAGACCUCCUGGACCGUAACCUCGUCACCCGUGUGGUCCCGGAAUUCGCUUCGCCCAGCGGCGGCAGCGGGCGGGAGGGAAACGACCCCGCCAACCCCGCACCCGCCCACCAUCACCACUCCCCCGAGCGCGCCCACGACGCUGCCGCCGCCGCCGCCGCCGCCGAUGGCCAGGGGUCCUCACCACCCUUCCCUUCUCAGAGCCCUCAACACCCCAAGAAGGAACCCCGACCGUCCCCGGCCGCAUUCCACCUCGUCCGCUCCGUGGCUUCGACAAUGUCCCGCCGGAGUCACGCCGUUGCGACAUCGGCCUCGGCGUUGACUACGUACCUCGUCCGGCUCGACGCCUGGAACUGUACGUGCGCCAACUUUGCCUUUGAAGCAUUUCCUGCCGGUGCGGGUGCGGCUGGUGCUGCUACCGCGGGAGGAGGCCUCGAGGACGAAAUCAUGGAAGCCGAUGCGGCUGAGGACUCCGAGGGGGAGGGCGGAGUGGGUGACUGGCAAUUUGGAGGCCUGAGCCUGGACGGGAUAGAUAUUGGUGGCGUGCCCUGCUGCAAGCACUUGCUUGCCUGUUUGCUGUCUGAGCAGUGGGGGAAUGCGCUGGGGAAGUAUGUCACGGAGAGGAGAGUGAGCAGGGAGGAGAUGGCGGGGUUGGUCGCCGAGGUCUGA